AAAAUAUAAUAUGAUAAAUAAAAUCAAGCAGGAUUUUCUAUCAGAUUUUAAAAACACUUUCAACCUAAGGUUGGUCAACAAAGAUUAAGGGCUAAUGUCAUAGUGGCUUCUGGUCAAGAAGUCUUUCUUGUGGAACAAGUAAGUGUUAGUAAGUUGCACCAAAAAUAAUUUCUUCAAUCCUCCCUCACCUACUUCUCAUCAAACUUCAAACCCUAAUUAACUCCUCUAUAAAUACGCACAAACUCCUUCAUAUCCACUCCAUCUUCACUCACAAUCAAUCCCAAAAAACACGAACCCCCUCCUCUCUCUCUCUCUCUAGUACAGCAAAAACCCAAAAUCCCAAAAAAUGGUCUCCUGGUUAUCAUCCCUUGUCAUUGCAGUGACAUUCACAAGCUUAUUCACCGGUCUAUCUGCUCGUCGCCAUCUUCUCCAAUCAACACCAGCGACUCAGCCACCGGUUACAACAACGUUGCCACCUCUUCCUAAACCCACAAUGCCACCACCAAUGCCUUCUUCGCUUCCUCAGCCAACUCUUCCUCAACCAACAACACUUCCACCAUUACCGAGCACACAGAUACCUUCAUUGCCUAACCCAACACAACCCAUUAAUAUCCCAAACUUCCCACAAAUCAACAUUCCUAAUUUCCCAUUUAACAUUCCAAACAAUUUCCCUUUUAAUAUUCCCACUAGCAUUCCUACCAUCCCUUUCUUCACUCCACCACCUUCCAAGUGAGAAGCUAAGCUCUUUAGCUUCUGCCACACAACACAUUACCGUCUUUCUCUCACACACUUUGUUUGCACAUGUUUGUAAUGUUUCUUAUUCUUUUGCUGUUGUUUGAUGCAUGUUCUCCUUCUUGUUGUUGUUGUCUGUUUCUGGCAUGAUGUAGUUGCUUUAUUGUAAUAUGUAUACAUCUUAUUAUUGUUCUACUGAUUCUUGCUUUCUUCUU